GGACAUUUCCCUCUCUCCUCUCCUUUCCUUUACUCCCCUCCUCCUCCUCUCCAGCCACUGUUGACGUCCAUGGCUCUGUCACCCGCAUCACCGGUUUCCACGCUGCUCUCUGGUCCAGUCAUGUAGUCAUUAUGGCUCUUCUAAUUGCCUCUGUGUUCACACCCGCGCUGUUUGUCUUCUCGCGGCUCCCUUUCUUUUUUCAGUUAGUUUUAUUUUAGUUAAUCAGUCGUCUUUUUUGUCGGAAACUCUUUUUAUCCUCUUGCACUUUUCUGACGCUUUGGGGAGUUCCGUGCGUCCGAGCCUCUCGCACCUCUCCACGGUGUAAAUCCCUGCUCUGGCUGCUCCACCUGGACGUGUCGCUAAUUUCCCUAUUCAUUCACCCGUGCGGUCGUUUCACGUCGUCGUGACUCCUAAUUGUUUCUUGGCAGAGUUAGAAACCGGUGGUGAAAAGGCUCAUAUGAGUGCGCCUCCGCUGAUCCGUGCGCCCAGCCCUCUCCCGUUCUCAGGGGGCACAAACAACACCAACACCGGCGCCGGGGGAGGGGGUGGUGGUGGUGUAGGAGGAGGAGGAGGAGGAGGUGGUGGUGUGAUCUCCUUCCACAUCCAGAUCGGUCUGAGCCGGGAGCCCGUGCUGCUGGAUGCCGCGGAGUUCAGCCUCAGUCAGGUCCGGGAGGUGGCGUGCUCCAUCGUGGACCAAAAGAUACCAGAGUGCGGCUUCUAUGGGAUGUACGAGAAGAUCCUCCUAUUCCGUCAUGAUCCUACAUCAGACAACGUGCUGCAGCUACUGCGCUCUGCUUCUCAGAUCCAGGAGGGUGACUUGGUGGAAGCCAUACUGUCAGCUUCAGCCACAGUAGAGGACUUCCAGAUUCGUCCACACUGCCUGUUUGUCCAUUCGUACCGAGCUCCAGCCUUCUGCGACCACUGUGGGGAAAUGCUGUGGGGACUUGUACGCCAAGGACUUAAAUGUGAAGGUUGUGGUCUGAAUUACCACAAGCGCUGUGCCUUUAAGAUCCCCAACAACUGCAGCGGGGUGAGGAGGCGUCGUCCCUCCAAUGUCUCAUUGACAGGCGGGAUAAUCAACAUCGGGCGUCCGCUCUCUGCUGAGCCUUCACCUCCCCACUACAGUGAUGAUGCUUUAUUGUCUCCAGUCAGUCCUAGCAUGGAGCAGAAGAACCAGUUAGAUUACUUUCCUGGUAGAGAGCGGCGAUCCAGCUCACAAUCAUAUGUUGGCCGUCCCAUUGAGCUUGACAAGAUCUUACUGUCAAAAGUCAAAGUUCCCCACACAUUCCUGAUUCACUCUUACACCCGGCCUACUGUCUGCCAGCACUGCAAGAAGCUGCUCAAAGGCCUCUUCAGGCAGGGCCUGCAGUGCAAAGACUGUAAAUUUAAUUGUCAUAAACGAUGUGCGCAAAAAGUGCCAAACAACUGCCUGGGAGAAGUAUCAAAAAAUGGAGAACUUCUGAGCCCAGGUGCAGAAUCGGAUGCCCUCAUGGUGGAGGGUUGCCUUGAUGACCAUGAUAUUGACAGAAGGGGAAGCCUCUUGGAUGACAUGGAUGAAGCGCUGGCCUCAGAGAGUGGCUUGCUGCUAGAGGCAGGACCCAGCGAUCUCUGUGACAUGCACGACCCUGACCUAGAUGAGUCCAACCGAGCCAUCAGCCCCUCCACCAGCAACAACAUUCCUUUGAUGCGAGUCGUCCAGUCUGUCAAACACACAAAGAGGAAGAGCAGCAAUGUGAUGAAAGAGGGCUGGAUGGUCCACUACACCAGCAAGGACACUCUGAGGAAAAGACAUUACUGGAGGCUAGACAGUAAAUGCAUUACGCUGUUUCAGAACGACACAGGAAGUAAAUAUUACAAGGAAAUCCCUCUGUCUGAAAUCUUGUCUCUGGAGCCUGCUCAGAAUUUUUCUCUGCUUCCUGAUGGAGCCAAUCCUCAUUGCUUUGAGAUCGCCACGGCAUCACUGGUUUAUUAUGUUGGAGAGAACCUGCAGAGACCUGAAUCAUGUGUGACAGGCAGCAGCAUUCUGGUCAGCGGUGUUGGGCAGGAUGUGGCUCGAAUGUGGGAAAUGGCCAUCCAGCAUGCUCUGAUGCCAGCGGUUUCUACAGGAAUUUGCCACAGUUCCCACCGCAGUGGACACAAGGAGAUUUCAAUCAGUAUUUCAGUUUCCAACUGCCAGAUCCAGGAGAAUGUGGACAUCAACUCAGUGUAUCAAAUCUUCCCAGACGAGGUUCUUGGCUCAGGACAGUUUGGCAUUGUGUAUGGAGGUAAGCACAGGAAGUCCGGCCGAGACGUUGCCAUCAAAAUCAUCGACAAACUCCGCUUCCCCACCAAACAGGAGAGUCAGCUGCGCAAUGAGGUGGCCAUCCUGCAGAGCCUGCAUCAUCCAGGGGUGGUCAACCUGGACUGUAUGUUUGAGACACCAGAGCGAGUGUUUGUGGUCAUGGAGAAGCUUCAUGGAGACAUGUUGGAGAUGAUCCUGUCUAGUGAGAAAGGCCGACUUCCUGAGAGGAUCACAAAGUUCCUGGUGACACAGAUCUUGGUGGCGUUGCGUCAUCUCCACUUCAAGAACAUUGUCCACUGUGAUCUGAAACCUGAAAAUGUCCUGCUGGCUUCUGCAGACUCUUUCCCCCAGGUGAAGCUGUGUGAUUUUGGGUUUGCUCGAAUCAUUGGUGAGAAGUCAUUCAGGCGUUCAGUGGUCGGAACACCAGCAUAUCUUGCUCCUGAAGUUCUGAGAAAUAAAGGCUACAACCGCUCUCUGGACAUGUGGUCAGUUGGAGUCAUCAUCUAUGUCAGUCUCAGUGGGACGUUCCCUUUCAAUGAAGAUGAAGAUAUUAAUGAUCAGAUCCAGAAUGCAGCCUUCAUGUACCCCCCUCACCCCUGGAAAAAAAUCUCCCAAGAAGCGAUUGACCUGAUCAACAACUUGCUGCAAGUGAAGAUGAGAAAGAGAUAUAGUGUUGACAAGACACUAAGCCAUCCCUGGUUGCAGGACUACCAGAUGUGGCUGGAUCUAAGAAACCUUGAAUCUCGGAUAAACGAGCGCUAUAUCACCCAUGAGAGUGAUGACCUGCGAUGGCAUCAUCACGCCCAGCUCAGCGGCCUAGACUACCCCAUGCACCUAACCAACAGCCCCUGUGGUGAAGUUGGACAGGGGAUGAAGCGUUACAAGGAAAAGGAGGAAGAGCUGGAGACCCUCAGUGAGAGGGUGAGUGAACUAUGAGGAAGUAAGAAGACUUAUUUUCCAAACAACAUGAGAAACAAUGACUAUCACAAAAUGAAAAAAGCACAAAAUGAAAACUUACAAAAAAUUAGAUCCUUAUUUUACUUCCAAAAAUCAUAACGAAUCUUAUUCUAAUUAAUCUAAUUAACAAGUAGUUGUUUCGUAUUUGCAAGAUAAGGCUCUUAGAAUUACAUCUGUAAUGCUAGAGUCACUGCAUAAUUAGGAGUUAACAAUUUUGUAUUUAAUUAGAAGGUCCUUGUGUUAUUUAUCCCAUAGUUUUUUUCGAUAGGGUUGUAAAGCUCAAACUAUUUAUUACCUUUACAAGGCACAGAACUUUCAAAUAUAUUUGAGAUUAUUGUUAUAUGUAAGGAUCUUGUAAUUAUUUUUAUGUAAUUACAAGUCUUUUGUUUCCGAAUUUCAAAGAAUUAUUCUCGCAAUUUACAAAUGCAACCUUUGCUCAUUUUAAAUUUCCUAUGAAUAAGCACCUUGAUAAACUCACCCUAUCCCAGAAUACCAAAACAAAAAUCCUAUGUUAAGGCAAUAUUGAUUUUUGAUUAAGAGGUGUGAAUUUUUCAAAUGACUUCUUAAUUUUGACUUUAAAAAAGUUAACGUCAUGCAAGAUAGUAUAAUUACGAAAUAUACAGUGGAGACAUAUAUGAUCCACUGUUGUAAUUACUUGAUCAUUAUUUCAUGCAAUUUUUUUCCCUUUGUAAUCUUUAUCCUUAUUAAAUGUAGUAAAAUUAAUUUAAAACAACAUAAUCGUUCCAUCCUUACUUUGUUGCUAUGAAACAAAAAUGUCAUUUCUCCAUGAAGAGCUACAAAUUACAGUACUGGGCAGAAAUCUUGAGACAUCUCUCAAUUCUUUAUGUUUUGCUUGGGAAAUGGCAGAUCCGUGCAGUGAUUUAUAGAACAGAAUUCUGUUGAAUGGGAACAGAAUGUAAGGUGAAAACACCUGUGCGCACACUGCUUCAGUAAUGUUGAGGUCUGGGUUGUGGCUAGGCCAAUUCAUGGCAGGUGGGGUUUUUUCUACCAAAGUAUGCUUUACUAUACUGACUAUAUGUUUAGGAUCAUUGUCGUCCUGGAUGAUGACGCCACUGGCAAGUAUAAUGCAUGGUGCAUCAAAAUCUGAUGCAACCAUAUUUUCAUAAAUUUUGGUAAGAUCCCAAAAACCACAGGAUGCACAGCAGCCCAAAAUCAGUUUGAUUCACAGAUGACCUCUCUCUUAACUACGUUUUGAAGCAAAACAUUUAAAUUGGGAUUUUGCUUCCCACUGUUGCCAACUGCUUGCUCAUAGAGGGUCAUCUGACUGACUGAUCUUUUCCUAUUUCUUAAUGACUUGAUUUCAUAUACCUGCUGUAGAUAGUUCUUAGGUCUGCCACUUCUUCUUUUGUACUCCACAUGUCCUGUUUCCUCCGAUUUCUUAAGGGAACACUGAACACUGUAUGCCAAGAUUUGCCAAGUUUUCUGUGAAUUUUUCUUUCCGAAUCGCCUCGUUGGUGCACAAGUACUGUUUUAUGCCUGCAAGCCUGUGUGAUCUUUGCCAUUUUCAUAGAACAAACUAAUGACGUAGGGAAAAUGACAACAAAGUGCUAAGGAUAAAGUGUAAAAUUGGUUCUGUACUAAGUUGUCUUUAAUGUGAAGAUACAACACCGGUUCAUGUGUUACGGUCUAUGCCUUUUCUGUGAUUCGUGGGCCAUUGUUAAAUGGCUCAUCAAACAAAAGAAUAUUCUCCUGAAAAUGAUCUGGACUGGACUGAAAAUGAGUGAACAAGUAGCCAUUGUCCAAAGAAAAAGGCCUUCAGAAAUCCUGGAGAAAUACUAAAGACCAAUUACAAUCAAGGUUGGGUCCUUGGAAGCAAUAUAUAAAGAAAUGAGGGGUGGCUCAGGAAAUUUGCACAGUAGUGUAUAUGAGUUAUACUUAGAAAAUAAAAAGAUGAAUGUGAAUUGUUAGGAACCACUACAUUUUUUUCACCAUAAAUCAUAGUAAAUCACUGAAAAUGACACAUCAGAAAGUGUGUCAGAAGGCGAUCAUGAACUAAUAUUUAAUUUAUACUGUACAAACAUGAAACUUGCUAUUUAGGGCUUGUCACAUAUUCACGAGUUUCCUGCAGCUUGCACAAGAUUUUGCAGAUGUGGAAAUAAGCCAUGGCUUCCUUCACAACAAAUCCAAAACAAAACACAGAGCUCAUUCACUAUCAAAACUUACCAAGUGUUUACACUCAUAUCGUCAGAUUAAAGUAAAGCAGUAUUCACUUUGGAUCUUGUGUAGAUUAAAUCCUUACAUUCUUUAAAAAUGUAUAUACAUUAUUCAUUAUAAAAACAAGUUCUAAACUUGAUUUUAAAAAAAGGAAACAGCAUUUUUCUUCAACCUUGACAAAAGUCUUUUCUUUUGCUCGUCAUGUAAAAUUAUUUAAGGUAACGUGUGUCUUCUGUCUGAUAAACACAAAGUAGAAGGACAGUUGAUCUUCACAACUGAAACAUAAUUCCUAAUUUUCCUUUGUAGCAAUGAAAAGUCACGAGUUCGGGUUUCAUUCCAAAAAGAGAUAUCCAAGGUACUGUCAUUAAGUCAUUUACAGAUAAAGUGACUGCUCAGUGAAAAGUAAUUUACUAUGAUUUGAGACGUUUUUACUUUCCCCAUGUUUUCCAAAAAUGGAUAUGUAGCAUUUUGGAAUGAAAAUCCUCAGUUGCUAAAAACACACUGCCAGUGACAUACCAAAAACAACAAGAUAAAUGUUUUAAUGUGUCAGUAUUUUUUUUUUUUAACAGUGGAGCCACAAAUAUCUAAUCCAAAUGGGAAUAUAUGAUUACUUUGAUACAUUUGCAUUGCUGUGGUUUUCUUUCUUUUCCUAUGAGAUGAGAUAAAAGGUGAUGUGUCUGGUUUCGUUUGACAGGAAGUUCACUUGAAUGCUAUGUUUUGCCUUCUGUAAACAGUAUAAAUGUUAGUGUCUCAGCACAAUCUAGGACCCAAAUACAUGCUCUUUUGAUUUUGUAAGGGACAACAUCAAGGCCAUGUUUUCACCUAAGCUUUUCAGGAAAUGCUCCAUCUUUAGCUCAACAUUUAGUUAACCUUCUGAAUCUUUUUGAAACAUUCAUAGAAAAUAACACACAAACUAGUUUUCAUCUCCCUGUUUAUGGUCUUGACUGUCCACCUCUGCCUUGCUUACUAGUAAACAUAUGAAAAUAAAAUAAUAUUAAAAAUUUUGGAAUUUGAAUAAAGCUUUAAUCAGCAGGUUUCAUGUCUUCUUUCUAUACAGUUGAGAGACUGGAGCUGAUGCAUUCCUGGUAAUAUGCUGUAUGUUAAUACUUAGCAAAUACCAAUUUAUCCAAAAAUACUUCUAUGUAGAAACUUUUUUAAGACUGAGGAUUAAAGGCUUAUACCAUCUUUUGGACAAAAGACAAGCCAGUCCCUGUGUCAAGAUUCCAUUUCCUAUCUCUGUUUGUUAACUAAAUUACGAGCAGAGGAUAAGACGUGUGGAGCAGACUUUGAAUCAGGUGCGAAAGAUAUUGUGUAGGACAAGAUUUUGUUGACAAUGUGUCAGAGAUCCUGUUCAUACGACGACCUUUUUGAAGUACCAGUGUGUUUUACUUCUCAUUCAAAAUUUCUUUCAACGACAGUCAUUAAAGCAGUUUUGUCACCAGUUUGCUUAACUCAAGCACCCAGUUCGACCUCAAUCCUCGUAUCUCCUCUCCUAGCCACCUCCACUUCCCAUUUCAGUUCUUCCUAGUAGAAAGUCAAGCCAAAGGAAUCAAAAAGCUACCUUUGUGCACUAGCAUAAUUGUUUCCUUCUACUUUUUGAAGCACUUCCUCAGAUCCAUGAAGAUCCUUAUCAUCUUCAUCAGUGCAGGUCGCUCUAGGUCAUCUGGCAAUAACUUAUUUAGCUGAAACAGCAGAAUGUCAUCCAGCCAAAACAUCUGGAUAUUUGUUCGUUAAAAAUGCUGCUGUUCUCUUUAUCCCAUACUAAAUAAAUACUCCAUAAAAUCAGGACAAGUUUGCAUUUAUCCAGCUUAUUAAUAUUCACACCAGCAAGUAAAGAAAAUUACCUUAACUUGAUGUUUUUACAUCAACCACUCUUCCUGGGUUUAAAUACUCAAUCUUGCCAUUCAGUCACUUCGGAAAGGCAUUUCCGUACUCACAUAUUCGAUGUGGGACCAGUCGCUUGUGAUCAGCUCAGUCUGUAAGGAUGGAUAUGUUGGACAUCUUUCAGCUUUCAGAAUUCAGGAGAGAGCAACUGUGGUACAUGGGUACUAUCGCUACUACCAACUGUUUACAGAACAAGCCCUUUGUGCGCAAGGUGGUUUGUGCCACUGUACUGAAAUAACUAUCUAUUGUUAUUGUAGUGUAGAGGUUAGUAGCAACCAACGUUAUCACUGUACCUCAGAAUUUGUCCCUGAAAAAGAAUUUACUUUUUUGAGACACCACCUUCAAAUGAACAUACACUGAUAAAACAACUAACCUCUUCUCAAUUGAUUAACCAUUAAUUUGGGGACUUGAAUGAGUAAAACAAUCAAAUCAAGAAAAGUUAUUAAUUUAUCAGAUCCACAAAAUAUACUAAAUGACUUAUUUGAAACUGGUUAAUAAUUAAAUUUAAAAUUACAUUUAAAGUUAUAUCUGAAUAGUCAGUAAUUGAGAAUUGUGUAUACCAGCCGUGGUCAACAUCCUCCUAUACAACAUUAAUUACACCAGGAUAUGUAUUAAUGAGAAUUUAUUUACAAAAGUAAUGACUGCAAACAUGCAAAGAUCUAACUAAGGACUAAGACUAAGAGAACAAAGUAUAUGUGUGUUUGGGGGACACAGACAGAGUGUUUGUUGACUAUGUCCCUGCAGUUCUGUAAGGUGGUUGAACAUGUGGUCAAAGCCAAAUAAAAGGUGUGAUCCUGCUUACAUGUGUUGCUGUUGUUGCCCGUGGUAAAAUUAGCUGCUGUGGCUAACUUGAACCCUUUUUUUAACUUGGUUAUGGUGGAUACCAGCUAACCUUCUGUAGGACAUGCAUCGCUGCAGUCAGAAGACUGUUUGCAGAGCAUAUGAUAGAGAGGAUGGGGGAGUGAAGCAAAGCUCUCAGGUCCACACAUACACCCAUGGCAAUCUUUUCCAUAAUCGAUAAUUAUUGAUGACAAUUCCUUUUUUUAAGCUUGGUUUUGUUUUGCUUUGCUUUGCUUUGUUUUGUCGUUUUCUUUGUUUUUCUCCCCCGCAGAAAAAAUGGUGGCCAGCAAUUACUGCAAGUUGAUUUUAGAAGGUUAUAGUUUAUCGGCCUGAGUUCUGCCCAGACAAUAAAUAAUAGUUUAGGAGAGGGCUCCUACCAGGCUCUGCAAGAUACUUGUUUACUGAUAAGCAAGGCAAAGUUGAACACCGGUUAUUUUAACCUGUCCCACACAGAAACAAAGGAGAACAGUAUGCAUUGGGUUUUUUUUUUAUAUCAUGAUACUGCCAUUGGUCUUAAACAUAAGGGCUGUUUCUCUCAAGACUCUAUGGCAUCAUCUUCUUUGUGCCUCUUUCAUACAGAUCAAACUUCUGUACACUCCAAAAUUGGCAUUCCAGCUUUAACUGGAAUUGAAAUGUUAAGUGUCUUGUGUCUUGUCUCUGUAAAGGGUUGACUUAUGAAGCAUUCAAUUAAGUAUUUUGUUUAUAACAUGCUUAAACCAUUGUACAUGUUUUAUUGUGAAGAAUCUGUAGAUGACUGCAAGCAGAAGUAGAGCUCUAGGUUAUGUACACUUUUUAACUAAGCGAAAGUUUGAUACAGAAAGCAAAGACUGUUAAACCUGAUAAUUUUCUUACAGGUAUUAAGCCUUUCUCAGAAAUUAGAUAUUAGAUAUUUGUACUUGUGUCUCUGGGAAUUUCAGAAGUUUAACUUGGUUUAAAAAAUAAAACUGUUAGUUUUCAUGUUACAGAAUCCAAAAAUCUUUUAUUGCUAGUGUUUUCAGUGCUUGAACAAAUUAAAGAAACACUUAAAUCAGUGAUCACAUGGAUCUUAAUUACUCAUUCUUACUAUCAGUAAGUAAUUCUUACAGAUAUACAACGUAAUUUGUUGAGAACAACGGGAAAAUCAUAGGAAACCAAAGUCAUCAACGCAUUUAGGGCUGGAUUUAAAAUGACACCAAAAAUCCAAGUUUAAAAUUGAAAUCAUUUACUGAUCCGACUUGCCUUGUAAUAUGGCUUAAUAGUGUUCAUGGCCCCUGUGGCCCUUUCCAGCUCUUUUUGUGGAAUGGCAAAUCUAGUGUUGCAGUAGAUGUGCAAUUUCACAAACUUAAGACUGUGCUGGGAGACACAGAAAUACCUGUAUGGGCUGCAGGUACUGUCUCAUGGUACUGGCAGUGACAAGGACACUAGAAAAAAGCAAAACAGGAGAAAAAUCAGUCAGGAGGGAUAAGAAGAUGUGAACGGUGUGCGGCCGCCAUCUGCAAAACAAUUCCCCCUUUUGGGGGUUGUCUUGUUGUUGGCUCUCCAGAGCACCUGUUAACACUUUCAUUUGCACCAGAUCAGGUGAAACCAGUUUAUGCUUCCUAAUUGGACAGACUGAUAUAUCUGUAGUUAAUAUUACCACAUAUAAUGCUUGAAAAAAAAAGACAAAUUCAUGUUUUUACACUGUAGUAUUUUUGUGGAUUUAAAAAAAUGUAUAUGAUGUGAGAAUUCAUUGUUUUGUUUUUUCAACCAUUCCACAAAGAUAUGCUAGCUGUUUGCUCCUGCGUUCUGCUAAGCUAAGUUAGUCAUUGCUGUGCUUCAGCUUUGUAUUACAGACUGAAAUAAGAUCCAUUAUUAUCUAACUCAGUGAGAACAAACACGAGUAUAUACUUUACCUGACUUUACAUAAACUGUGUACUUUUAGUACAAUCUACUUAACUAGCUUAUUUUCAUUUUAUGAACAAUCACUGAAGAUUUUGAUAUUCACCAGCAGUGGAUAUUGGAUGAAGUGUAGUUAUAUUAAAAUAUAAUGAAGAACUAUUGCCUGGCCUGUUGGUCAGAAAACAUGAAAUGUAUUAGUAGAAGAAGGUCUAAAGGUUUUCUCUGAAUGUGUUUCGCUUUGAGCUGUUGAAGUGUCUGUCAAUGUGCAGAACGUCCAGCUGUUUCUUGAUGCUGUAUGGCUUCAUCCCUUUGCUGUCUGCGCUCUGAACAGCCUGCCUGAAGUGCUCACAAAGCAUUUGCUAUCUACAGAAACUUUAAAGAUGUAUUUUUUCGGACCAUGUUCAAAUAAAGAUAUUUUAAAAUCUUCUUGGUAGUGUGUUGAGUUUUUUUUUUUCAUUAACUCAAAUCCAAAUAUAUUCUGCUUCAGAUAGCCAACUAACAUUUCUACAAGUCAAUCAUUGGAUGAGAUUUUUAUGACCAGUACGUAAGGAUGGCAAAUGCCAUAAUGUAUGAGUUUGUACAAAUGAAAAUUUAAGGUUAAAUACAAAGGCAACUGGAUUUUAUGUGUAUAUUAGGUUCCAUUUAGUUUCUAGGAUUACCUAAAUCUCACAUUUCAUCAUCAUUAGUGGUUUCUACUACGUUAUGCAAUGAACCCAAGGUCCGGCACAUGGUAGCAGGAUCUCAGUUGCAAGCUGUAAAAGCAUAAACUGAGAGUUACAACCAAGUGGUUAGGAUCCUGUAUGAGAACAUCUUUGCCGCAUAUGAGUUAGAAGUCCCCAGUUCUUGAUGGGAGAUACAGCCAAAUAUGGCUGAACAACAGGGCUAUGGCCCUGAGGGAUUCACCAACCAACCAGACAUAGUGGUUGUCAUCAAGCAGAAAACCACAGUUAUGGGAGAUGUGAUGUUGCCAGAAGACUUGCGUAGCUCAGGAGGUGGAGCAGGUCAUCUACUGAUCAGCAGAUUAGUGGUUUGAUCCCUGGCUCCCCCAGUCUGCAUGCCAAAUAUCCCAAGUUUUUCCUUUAUGCAUCCAUGGGAGUAGGAAUGGUAAGCAGUUAAAAGCAUAGAAGUUCAAUUCAAUUCAAUUUUAUUUAUAUAGCGCCAAAUCACAACAAAAGUCUCCUCAAGGCAAGUUAAUGCUUGUGUGAAUGUUGCAUGUUGUAUAGAGCGCUGCUACUAGGUUUAAGGAAGUGAUUCAUCUACUGUUUAAUCACAGUGGAGGGCAGCUACCUAAACUCUUCUCACACAGAGGCAGAUGUUGUUAAAAAUGUUACAUCCUCCUGGAUACUGUGGCUCCUCUGAAAGUAUUUGAUAAAACACAUUGAUAAAAAUCUAAAUUCUAAUUUCCAGACUGACUGGAAAACAAUCAGUCAUAGUUGUGUAGCAACAAACUUGUAGAGUUGCAGAAAUAAUUUCCAAAGCUAGGAGCUUCCUCCUACUUCCAGCUGUUCUGCUAAGCAUAUAGAUGCUAAGUACUAACUACUCUUUAUAUAACUUUUCACAACAUUGUUUUUAUUUUUGAUUAUGAUUAGACAAUGCUCAAAUAUUCCUUAUUUUGCCUUUUCCACACAUAUCCUGGAUGAAGCAUAAGAGGCUGCCGAACUAGAGCGCCCUGUCAGCAGACUUUUUGAAGCCGCCUGGUUUUUUUCCUCUGUUUUCUGAGGUUUGAUGGUAAUGGCUGGUGGCAGAAAUGAGGCCUCGGGGAGGCAUAAGGGGUACGAGGAGGAAACAGCUUUUUAGAGAGACAAGUUGAGAGGGUCAACAACACUGACACCAAGUAAUCCCUCUGUCUGACACAGAGAGGUGAAACCAGAAGUCAAGAGUACUGACAGGAUUGUGGCAUGAAAAUCCAUUUUAAUUUGUAACGUACAUUUUCAAAUAGAAAUAAAAAACAUUAAAUCUAUUUUAUUCUGCCUGCAGUAGAAACACAGUGGAAAUGUAGAAUAGAGCAGCAGCAAGAGUAGUCCUGCUGCUGUUAGGAACUGUUUUACUUGCUGAUGGUGCCAAACCAGUCAAAUGAUGCUAUUGCUAAAUAUGCCAGAGACAAAUAAUAAUAUAACAAGGUAAUCCAGUACCUACAGUAGUACUGUUGUAGAGUACUUUCAAAGUGAUUUGAAAGGGUCUUGUUAAUAUUGUCCCAUUACAGCUAUUGUAACUACCAUGGUGUAAAUACACUGUACUGUACAUGCUGUUGACACCCUUACUGCAACAUCGAUUAGUAGUAACAGGCACUAAUAAAAUACUCUAAAUGCUAGUAUUAGUACUAUAUGUACUUCUACAAAUGCCAGUAAUUUAUGACAUUAAAACACAGUAUUACUUAUUUUUGUGGAUGCUAUUGCUGAAUGCAGUAAGACAAUCAUCUGAUGUGAAGGU